AGCUAACACAACAGGUCUUUCGCAAACACAACUGCUGCAAUUUUACGGUUUUUAAGCGUUUAUAAAUGUUUUUUAAGUGCAAUUUUUAGAAUAAACGUUAAUAAAGUGCAUAAUAAACGCGUGUAGUGCAGUUAUGGAGGAUAUAUUUCACUGGUGUCGCGAGGGCAACUCGAUUCAAGUGCGCCUUUGGCUAGAUGAGACCGAGCAUGAUAUGAAUUUGGGUGAUGAUCAUGGCUUCAGCCCACUGCAUUGGGUGGCCAAAGAGGGACAUACGAAGCUGGUUGAGACGCUGUUACAACGAGGUGCCCGAGUCAAUGCCACCAACAUGGGCGAUGACAUUCCCCUACAUCUGGCAGCCGCCCACGGACACCGUGAUGUUGUGCAAAUGCUGUUGCGUGAGCGCUCUGAUGUAAACGCUGUGAAUGAGCAUGGAAACUCACCGUUGCACUACGCCUGCUUCUGGGGCUACGAUAUGAUUUGCGAGGACUUGCUAAGUGCCGGCGCUUUGGUAACUAUUGCCAAUAAGGAUGGUCACACGCCGAUUGACAAGGCCAAGCCCAGCCUGGGCAAGCGCCUGCAGGAUUUGGCCGAAAAGAAUGGACAGGAAAUGAAGAUCAUUAGCUUCAAGGAGCAGAGUUGGCUGGGCAUGAAGACACGCUCACGCGAUGCAACAUUGUCGCGUUUCAAGGGCAUCAGUAUGGGAGACUUGGACUUGCACACGAAGCUGUCAGUAACGCCCUCAGGAGAAACAUGGCGAGGACGCUGGCAGAAGAAUGACGUUAUAGCCAAAAUUUUAGCAGUGCGUCAGUGCACCUCGCGCAUAUCGCGUGAUUUUAACGAAGAGUUCCCCAAGCUACGCAUCUUCUCGCAUCCCAAUAUCUUGCCCAUCAUUGGCGCCUGCAACUCGCCUCCAAAUCUAGUGGUUAUUAGUCAGUUCAUGCCACGGUCUUCGCUCUUCAAUCUGCUGCACGGCGCCUCGGGUGUUGUGGUGGAUACUACUCAGGCAGUGCACUUUGCCUUGGACAUAGCACGCGGUAUGGCGUUCUUACACUCGCUGGAGCGCAUCAUACCCACAUAUCAUUUGAACAGUCAUCAUGUUAUGAUUGACGAUGAUCUGACAGCGCGCAUAAAUAUGGGUGAUGCCAAGUUUUCGUUCCAGGAGAAGGGACGCAUCUAUCAGCCAGCUUGGAUGUCGCCCGAGGCGUUGCAGCGCAAAUCAGCAGAUCGCAACUGGGAAGCAUCGGACAUGUGGAGCUUUGCAGUGCUGAUCUGGGAGUUGACAACGCGUGAGGUGCCAUUUGCCGAAUGGUCGCCCAUGGAGUGCGGCAUGAAGAUUGCGCUGGAGGGCCUGCGUGUCAAGAUACCGCCAGGCACAUCCGCACACAUGUCCAAACUUAUAAAUAUUUGCAUGAAUGAGGAUCCUGGCAAGCGACCCAAGUUUGAUAUGGUGGUGCCUAUUCUGGAGAAGAUGAAGCGCUAAGCUAACAAAAUGAAAAAAACUUGUUUCAUGACUGCAACGAAAUUAUGAAGCCAAAAUGUGCCUGUUUACAAAUUUGAGAAAGUUGUGUUUUGCCAACUAAUUCUAAUGAUAACUACUUGUGUUAAAUAACUGAAACUUAAUCUGAAUCUAAAGCUAACCGCAAGUGCCUAAAACUUUAUAGUCCAAACAAGUAUCGCGCCAAAUUCAAAUUGUAAAAGCUUUUAAGCAAACUUUUGUGUUCUUUAUCCAUCUCUCUCUCUUUCUAUGUGUCUUUCUCGUACAUGUGGUGUGUACUUGUAUUUUAUACUAUGUCCUGUUUAUGUUUUUGUUUAAAUGAUAUUUGGACGGUGCUCGAUUUUGUAUACGUUUUAAGUUGAUUUAUACAAACAAACAUUAACAGUUAAGCUUUUGAAGUACGUAUUUAUACAGCAAUAUAUAUUUGUUACUAAUAAUUAAACGAAUUUGUGUACCUACAA